UGGUUAGGAUUAGUGUCAGAACUGUAAAGUGUGUUUUCCUGUAAGGUUCACAAAUUCUAAGCUUCUUUACUGAGAACUUAAGAGCGGGAUGUUCGAAAUCACUUCACAUCACGUCUUCGAAUCAUUUACCUUACGUCUUGUGUACGUUUAUAAAAUUUAAAGAUUCGGUAUUUAACUCUAACUGACAUAUAAAAACACGUUUAAGUUAUUGAAAUCGUUAUCAAAAUAAGUGAUGGAUGGAUUCAAAUAGGGAAUUACUUGAAACUGACUAAAAACUGAUAUUUUUCUUAACGAUUAAAGAAACCGUAAUGAUUUGCUUCAAGUCUUGGUGAAUAAAAUAAUGCUUUGGAAACUGCAAAAAAAGAAUGCUAACUAAUAUAAAAGUUUUAUCAGUUUAUGGAGUACGUUUCUCAUUUAAAUUUCACUCAAAGCUACAAAUAAUCAAAUAAAUGAAUUCAUUACAAUCCUAGCUCACAACUGUAAACGAUAGUGUGAAAGUAAUAAAAAAGGAUUAUUGGAAACUAAGGUGUUAAGUUAUUCAAGAACAGAGAAUCGAUUGUUCAGCAUGUUCCUGUUUUGUGUAUCUUUACUACUGUUUGCUUCCAUAUCUUCGAAUGCCAACAGCGAUGAAGAAGUGGGUCCUAGAUUCAGAACUGAGCCGCCUUUUCGGAUAGAAUUUUCGAACAGCAGUGGUACAGAAAUUAGGUGCUCCGCAGAAGGCAUCCCAUCUCCUAGAAUCAGUUGGCAAAACAGAGAAGGAGCCAACGCAAGGGACUUAUCGGGUAUUAGAUAUACAAGAUCAGAUGGAACACUGGUGUUCCCUCCUUUCUCGCGCAGUGAUUAUAGGCAAGAUGUCCAUGACACUCUUUAUCAGUGCUUAGCUUCAAAUAGUGCUGGGGCUAUCAUCAGCCGAGAAACGCACGUCAGAGGAGUUGUUCAACAGAAGUUUGUGCCUCAAGUAUAUGAUGAUUUUGUUAUUAGAGGGAAUACGGCCGUACUUCGGUGUCAUUUACCAGCAUUUGUUAGGGAAUACGUGACUAUAGAUUCAUGGGUAAUUGACGAAGAUGUAGUUUUGAAAAGUACGGAUAUAGAAGAUGACAAGUACACUGUUCUGUCGACGGGAGAACUGAUCCUGCAUAAAGUGGAUGACGUCGAUGGAAAGAGAAAUUUCAAAUGUCGAGCGAGACAUCGACUCACGGGCGAAGUCGUGAUGAGCCCUUCAACAGGAAAAGUUAUUGUCACAGAGCCACAUUCACCAAUGGGACCUAGAGUAACUUUUAGCCAAUCACAGGUGAGAGCUGGUGAAGGAAGUUACGUGCGUAUACCGUGUGUAGCUACAGCUCAGCCAGCUCCAGAAUACAGAUGGCUGAAAGAAACACCAAAUGGCCUAUUUCCCGUUAUGGCAGAUCAAAGAACGAAAAUCACGUCUGGAACGUUGCAAAUAAGCAACGUGAGACUCUCCGAUGGCGGGAAGUACCAGUGCAUUAUCUCAAACGGUAUCGGUGACAGCAAAAGAACCGAUACAGUACUUAUUGUAACUGCACCGCUUCGUGUUACAAUCAUACCAGAGCACCAAACACUGAAUAUAGGUGAAACUGCUGUCUUGAACUGUUCGGUGAGUGGCCACCCAGUGCAUACAAUUGCAUGGCGGAAAGACCAGAGACACUUGGUUGCCAACUCGAGAGUCCAAUUGUUAACGAGAGAUGUUCUACACAUAACGUCUGUGAGGAGAGAAGAUAAAGGCAUGUAUCAGUGUUUCGCUUACAAUGACGUGGACGGAGCUCAAGGAACAGCACAAAUCAAAAUCGGAGAUGUACCCCCAUAUCUUUUGUCCGCUUUCCCGGACACAACCGUCCACGCUGGUGAGAGGGUCAGUUUGAAAUGCGUGUCAGCUGGCAACUUCGUUCCAAGAGUGAUAUGGACACUGUAUGACCACGAACUCAGCUCGUCUCAAAAUCCCAGGAUCAGAAUCGGAGAUUUUAUUUCAGCUCAGGGUCACGUGACCAGUUAUUUGAACAUAAGUGACACACGCGUGGAAGACAGUGGUGUGUAUCGUUGUGAUGUCAGCAAUGAUGUUGGAGCUGUGUGGCACGCUGCAAAACUCAACGUAUACGGCCCACCAUUUGUCAGACCUUUUCCAAAUGUAUCAGCCGUAUCAGAUCAAACCCUAGUUCUCAACUGCCCGGUUGGAGGAUAUCCAAUAAAGAGCAUUGUUUGGCAAAAAGGAGGAAUAAUUUUGCCUCUAGAUCACAGGCACAAGAUAAAUUCUGCUGGUGUUCUAGAAAUACAGGACGUCCAAAAAGCAGCGGAUGAGGGUGAAUACACUUGCAUAGCUAAAAGUCCAGAUGAUCUGACUGCAUCUGGUUCAACAUUUGUUUCUGUUUUAGUCGCACCUGUUAUAGACUCUCAGUAUUUUCCGGACACUAUAACAGCUAAUGAGGGGGAGAGAGCAAAAAUCAUCUGCAGCGUAACGAAAGGUGAUCCACCCAUUCGAUUCAAAUGGCUCCAAAAUGGUAAACCAUUUGUUCCAACCGGUAAAGUUACAGUCCAACUGCUGGAAGAUUCUUCCAUCAUUCAGUUUCGGAGAAUAAAAGCUAGUGACAGAGGUGCUUAUACUUGCAUUGCUACAAAUGCCGCUACAUCUACCAACAUUACAUCCCAGCUUGUUGUAAAUGUCCCCCCGACAUGGCUGUCGGAACCCAUGAAUACGUCAGCGGUGUUGGGCAGCAGCGCUUGGAUGAAUUGUUCUGCUGAAGGAUUUCCUACACCCAGCGUUAUCUGGAGAAAAGCUAGAGAGUCUUCACCGGGAGAUUUCGGUUACGUGACUUCCAGUCCAAGGAUCAGGCAAUACAAUAAUGGAUCUCUUGUUUUGUGGGAUGUUGAGUUGUCUGACAAAGGAUUUUAUUUAUGUCAAGCAAAUAACGGAAUCGGAGCUGCUCUGAGCAAAGUCAUUUUUCUAAAUAUUCAAGUUCCUCCUAAAUUUGAAGAGACGUACCAGAGUCGUGCAAUUAAAGAGGGUGACAAUACAAGCCUGAAAUGCACAGCACAGGGCAACACUCCAAUUGUGAUCACUUGGCAAAAGAACAAGACUCCCAUACCUGUGACUGUGAAGUCAAGAUAUUCUUUUCGAGAAAUAACAGACGAUAAUCGAGUGACUUCUGAAUUGGUGAUCGUUUCAUCUUCAAGAGAAGAGAGUGGAAUGUACGCAUGCGCAGCUGUUAAUGAAUUUGGCUAUGAUGAAUCUACAUUUCAGUUGGUAGUCCAAAGUGUACCAGACCCACCGACCAAUUUGACUGUCUCAAAUGUCACAAGUAGAACAGCAACUAUCCGGUGGGAUGUCCCUUUUAACGGUAACAGCCACAUAACAGGCAGCAGUGUACAGUACAAGAUGGCGGAGGAUAGCUGGAAGGGGCACACAUCUCAACUCAUAGUAUCUGGAUCAGAUAGUGUGGCCGUUUUGAGAGCUUUACAGCCUGUCACAACAUAUCAACUCAGAAUCAUCGCUGAAAAUUCCAUUGGAAAAAGCAAACCAAGCAGCAUUAUCAAUAUAACAACGCAAGUCGAAGCUCCAUCUGGACCAUCCAGAGAUCUGACUGUUCAUCCAACUGGAGAUCAAUCUUUGAAAGUUAGUUGGAAGCCCCCAAGAGAAGAUGCUCGCCAUGGUCAGAUACAAGGAUACCACGUGGGAUACAGAAUUUAUCAUACAAAUGAAAAAUUUCAAUACAAAACUGUGGAAGCGAACAAAGAAAAUGAACAGCACUCAACUUAUGUCACUGGUCUACAGCCUUUCACCAAAUAUGAAAUAAUUGUUAAGGCGUACAAUGUCGCUGGUGCUGGACCGCAGACAGAUAGUGUUGUUGGUACGACACUAGAAACUGCUCCACCUACUUCACCAAUCCUACAACUGAACGGUACAACUUUCAAUUCUAUAAAUAUUAAAUGGCAAAAGGAUUCAAAAGAUCGAUCUAGCAUUACAGAAUACACCCUUCAUUACAGACAUGAUGAUGGAAUAUGGCAGACAAAGAAACUGAGAAGCACAACCGAUAAAUACACUCUUGAAAAUGCUAAGUGUGGAACCAAGUAUCACAUGUACCUCACUGCAUCCAACAGCCUCGGGACAGGAGAGCCUAGUCGAUCUGUAACAACCAGAACCAAAGGAGCAGCCCCAAUGCCAGCACCUCAACAAUCUUUCAUAAGCCUGAAUUCCACGUUUGUUAUAUUGCACUUAGAUGGUUGGCAAAGUGGUGGAUGUCCAAUUUUGCACUUCAACAUCCAGUACAAAAGUAAAUACCAGACACAGUGGACUUUUGUACCAGACAGGAUACCUGCAAAUCGAGAACAGACUAUUCUGGGACAGCUGACACCAGACCGUGAAUAUUUGUUGAUGGUGACAGCACACAGUGAAGCUGGAGUGACGCAGGGCGAAUACAAAUUUCGAACUUUGCCUCUUCAUUUAGCCACAGACUCAACCUCUAUUCCUGCCUUAGUGAGGAGAGAAGCAGAACUGCCAUUUCAUCGGAACGUCACUCUCAUCAUCCCCGUCGUCGUCUCUUCACUCGUCCUCAUCAUUGUCAUCUUCACUGUGGUCGUCUGCCUUCGAAAGCAUACGCAUGAGAGGAGGGGACAACCUGAAUAUGAGUCCCAGAAGGUUGCGACGGACUCUUUGCUCAUGUCGGAGGUAUCCCAGAAGUCCCUGAGCGGUAAACAGUCUGUUAAUGGAUCACAUUAUUCAUCACCCACAAGGGGGCAGCACCAUUUCUCGAGUAGCAAAAGUGGCGAACAGAGAAGAACGGAUAAACAGCAUGAAUAUGCCGAGCCCUACACAGCAUAUCCAUCUUCGAGGCAGCGUUCAGAUGAAGGAAGUUUUGCUACUAUAAAAAGAGCUCCCCCAAGAUCAGGUUCUAUGACAUCAGCUUAUAAAACAGGUUUUUCAUAGGAUGCUUCACUAUUGAACCACGGAUUUCUAUUCAGCCCUUCAUGGAAAAAAGGGAUCUUGUAUGUGCUGAACAUUUAAAAAUCUAUCCAUAUUUUAUUCAAAUAUUGUAAAACACUUGUUCAAUCGUUGCGGGUAAUUUCUUUCCUCAAAUUGUUUUCCAUUACCUUGCCAUGCACAUGUGGUUAUUAUCUACUCACUUGUAAAUUAUCAUAUUUUUUUAAUUUCAAGAAGUUAUCAGUCUUAAAUAUAUUUCAUAUUCAUUGUUAAUAUCAAGAAAUAAAAUCGUUGACUCUGUAAAUUUGACAUUUGAGUGAGAUAUAAAUAAAAUAUUGUAAAACA